ACAUAAAAUAUGAGGAAGUGGGAUGUCUCGCUGACUUUUCUAUCUCUGGCCUGUACAACCAACAACACCUGAGGCGGUGCCCUGUGAAGAAUGAUCUGUACUAUUCACUCAGAAAUAUAACGUGAAGGAUUAUUUUAAUCGUUUCUAGCUUUAUUAUCGGAGUUUCUCGAGGCUAUAGGCUACUUUAGUCAUAGCACGAUUUCACGACCGUCUUUGUUUUAUUACUUCCGGGAAAAAGCCCUUCACACAGAAAUCCAGGAUGAAGACAUGAGGCGGAGAGGACGAACAGUGGAUCAGGGUUUCAACUUCACCCCUUUCAAUGGAUUCAGUCUGGGAUGUUUGCCCCCUUAUGAAAUAAUCUAAGCAGGCACUUCCUUUCUGGGAUCAAGAGUGAGUGCGGGAACAGAGAAAGUUGGACAGUGGAACAAAGGAAAUUGAACUUGCUAGAUAGCUAUUCCAGCCAGUGGCCAUGACGGAGCCCAAUGUCCCCAACAGUAGCAGCAGCAUCAGCAGUGCUGGCCUGGCAUGGGCAAAGAUGUGUAAGGACUGUGGCCAGCAGCAUGAAGGGGGCCAGGAGAACCACCUGUAUGAGUACCAGGAUGAGGUAGAUGACGAGCUGGUGUGCCACAUCUGUCUGCAGCCCCUGCUGCGGCCCAUGGACACGCCGUGCGGACACACUUACUGCUUCCAGUGCCUCAGCAGCUUCCUGAAGGAGCAGGACUUCUGUCCCGUGGACCGCCAGCGGCUGCAGCUGCACCAGUGCCGGCCCUCCAGCCUGCUGGUCAGGAACCUGCUGGACAAGUUGACCGUGCUCUGUCCACACCACGUUGAGUGCCAGCAGCAGAUGCAGCGCUGCGAGCUGCAGCCCCAUCUGCACAACAGAUGUCCUGUUUUCAGAAGGCUGAAGGAGGAGGCGGAGAGGAGGAAGAGACCCCACCGGAAAGCCCUUAAGGGGAACAGGGGCGAGGGGGAGUUGGAUGCUGAUGCCAAACACACCCCUACGAUGACCCGCACCCCCACCCGGGGUGUCCUGCCAGAGCCUGGCCUCAUCAACCCCGCCUUCGAAGAGAGCGAGGAGGAGACCCCCCUGCGGUCCAGCCUGGUGGCCGAGACAAACGUGGUGGAGAUGUUUCGGGAGCAGCAGGAAGAGGAGUUGGGCCUGCGUAUCGUGGGAGGAAAGGACACGCCCCUGGGGAACAUAGUAAUCCAGGAGAUCAUCCGUGACUCAUUGGCAGGCCAUGACGGCAGGCUGGCCCCAGGGGACCACAUUCUGGAGGUGAAUGGCGUCAGCCUAGCCUCUAUCCCACACGGCCGGGCCAUCUCCGUGCUGCGGCGACCAUGUCCUUUGCUCAGACUCAUCGUCAUGCAGGAGAAGGGCUUCAACCCCCGUCACCCACAACGUCCUGGCCUCGAGCACCACCCACCCCCCUCCCCCAACAUGGCCACUGCCUCCCCUUCCUCUCACAGUCCCCACGGCACCGCCCACAGCCAGGGCACGGUGAUCCAGGUGACGCUGGUAAAGAGGGACCGCUCGGAUCCGCUGGGGAUCAAACUGAUCCGCAAGUCGGACGAGACUGGGAUCUUCAUUCUGGACCUGCUGGCGGGGGGGCUGGCGGCCAAGGAUGGGAAACUAUGUAACAAUGACAAGGUGCUGGCCAUCAACGGGCAGGACCUGAGACACGGCACCCCAGAGAGCGCAGCACAGAUCAUACAGGCCAGUGAGGUGCGGGUGAACUUUGUGGUGAUGAGGCAGCCGGAGCCCCAGGAGGAGGGGGGCAGCGGUGGAGAGGGGCAGGGCCGAGUGGCCAGGAGGGCUCCAGAACCCCAGUACUUCAGACGGCCCUCCACCUACAUGAAGGAUCCUCCAGGGGGCUUCUCUAGCCAGGAGAAGACAGUGAGUCUGAAGAAGGAACCGAGGCUCUCCCUAGGCAUCACCAUCGCUGGGGGGAGGGACUGCCGCAGCCGCCUGCCCAUCUACAUCACCAGUGUCCAGCCUGUCGGCUGCCUACACCGAGACGGCACUAUCAAAACAGGGGAUGUCCUGAUGAGCAUCAAUGGCGUGGAUCUGACCCAGCUGACUUACAAUGAGGCGGUGUCAGUGCUGAAGGCCCAGACGGCCCACUCCCAGGUAGUCCUCAGAGUCAUCCAGACCAUCUCGGAGGAGCCUGAGGGGGAGGGGGAGGCUGGCAAAGAGGAAAUGGAGUCUGUGGAGAACCUAAGGGAGGAUGAUGUCAACUGGGCCCCGCUGUGGACCCACUGGCUGGGUCUGCCAAGUCACAUGCACUGGUGCCGUAACAUUGUGUUGCUGAAGACCAAUCAGGAGAGCUGGGGCUUCAGCAUUGUGGGUGGCUACGAGGAGAGCCACGGACAGCAGCCCUUCUUCAUCAAGACCAUCGUGCCUGGUACACCUGCCCACUUCGACGGACGCCUAAAGUGUGGUGAUGAGAUUGUAGCUGUGAACGGAGCCACCACGGUGGGCAUGAACAACUCGUCCCUCAUCCCCAUGCUCAAGCUGCAGAAAAAUAAAGUUACACUGACUGUGGUGUCCUGGCCGGGGAGCCUGGUGUAGACACACACACCCUGCCCUGCUCAGUUCAUGUCUCCACUGAGUCUCUUGUCAUCUCUGCACACAACACCCUAGAAUCUCAUUGGUGACAUUCUUAGAAGGUUUGUUGUAUUGUUAUUUUCACGACAUAAUCUCUUCUGAUGUGGAUUGUAAUAUAAAUGGUCAAUUUGCACAUUGCCCUAGCUGACUAGUGGGACUGAAUUACACACGAGUUGAUUCACUGCGUUGAUUAUUGUUGUUGUUGUUACUCAAAAGGGCAGUUGAUGUGUGAUUGUGAACAAAUUGGGAUAAUCAGGGUGGAAGAUGAAUUGACAAUCAAUGAACUAUGUUUCAUGGUAAACUGGAAGGAUCUUUAUCGUUUGGAAGAAUAGUUUUUACCCUGUGUCUUGAACGCUUUAUGCAUUUGUUUUCAGCAGAUUUGACGUACUUGUUCAAUACCCAUUUAUGUUUGUUUUCCCACAUUAGUUAAUGAUGAUUUGAAAAAAAUGCUACUGGCCUAUUUGUAUUAGCCAAAACUGGGAUAUAUAUGUAGAUCUCAAAUUCCAUGUGAAAAGGGCCUAAUUUAGGCUAGGAAAUAUAUGUAUCCCUAUAAUUUCACAGUUAAUGAAGAAAAUGGAUUUAAUGUAACAAAUGUAUUAGGAAAGGGUGACCGUUGACAAUGUAGAAAGAUGCCAGUCACACAUGUACCCAUCCUCUCCAACACCUUUACCUUUUGUUUUUGUACUAUUUAGAUUUGAACCGAUACUGUGUUGUUUUAUCCAUAUAAGGACAUUCUAGUGGCUGCAGAUUUUUAAUAUUGAUUUAGUUCCUAACUGUACUGUAAUCAUCUCUUCAAUGUCUGUGCAAUGCAUCAUACCAAAUGUCUCUGAUUAAUGUGGGUGCCUUGUACAUGUUAAAGGACAAAUCAAAGUUUCAACACUUGCCUUAAUUGCCACAACCAAAAACAUGUUCUUUGAUCUUUAAGCUCCCACCUCUCAUUUUCUUACCAAUGAGAACGUGGAGGAUCUGUUCAUUAUUAUCCAGCAUAUUGUAGUUGUAAUGUUCACAAGAGGAGGAGACCAGAGCUGCUGGCCUUAGUUGGAGCAUUAGAUUCACUUCAACUGUUCUUUUCAGGGUUAAGUAAAAACACUAGAGGUCUCUCAUUGAAUCCUGAGAAUGUUAUGGGAGCCCUCUGUAUAGUUUCAUAUUUCAGUUAAGGGAAAUAUAGGCAUUAUAUAUUGUGUAAAUUGACCAUCCCCUGUUUUGUAAUGUUCUAAAACCUCAAUAAUAUAUGUGCUGUGUCUUUUUGUA